AUGUCAACAACACUUGAGAAACUACCACCUAGUAGUAUUGCUGCUAGGGCAACUACUGGAUCAAUGAUCAUUCUUGCAAACAUGAUUGUUGUAGCAUCUGUUUCCUCAAAUUCACAACAGGUGUUCCCUGAUGAUCUUCUUCUUCAACUUUUGAAACUAAUGCUGCAUCUAGAUGUUGAAAUAUGUUUUAGUGGACACCAAAUCUUGUCUGUUCUUCUCAUUCCAAAUUCUGACCAUGUGCUUGAUCGGAAGGGAGCCAUGCCCAUGUUCUCCAAACUUCCCGAUGUUAAACCUGUUCGUGAUUCCCAGCUACUUGAAUUAUUCUUUAGAUAUUCAGAUCCGAAUAGUGCUCAAUCGUCAUUUUCAAUGCUUCUUGGACAUGCUCCACACCUUGAUCAUGAGUGUGCGAUAUUUGGUAAAGUUACUAAAGGUGAUGAGACACUAAAGAAGCUUGAGGAAUUACCCACUCGAAGUGAAGGUAUAAUUGAUAUGGGGUUGCAGCCAAGGAAAGUAAAUAGAGUUGGUGCUAUUGGUAUGGGGUCAAUAGCAAUAGCAACAACUUUUAUCCUUGCUAACUUUCCUGUAAUAUUUAAGGAGGAUGAUGAGAAUUCUUUGGAGGCUGCACUUGGUGAAAUCAAAGCCAAUAUGCACAGCCAUCUUAUGGCAGGGAAAAUGACCAAGGAGAAGCUUGAAAGAACUGUAUCUCUGUUGAAGGGUGUACUCAGUUAUGAUAGCUUUAAACAUGUGGAUUUAGUUGUAGAGGCAGUGGAGGGAAGCAUCCAGUUAAAGCAGCAAGUUUAUGCUGAUCUUGAGCAUUAUUGCCCUCAACAUUUCAUUCUUGCAAGCAAUAGUCCCACAUUUGACUUAAAUCUAAUUGGAGAAAGAACAAAAUCCCAAUUCUGGAUUGCUAGGGCCCGUUUUUUUAGUUCCUCUGUCCUGGAAAUAGGAAGCAAUCUGGUGUACUCAAUUGAACGCCUUCGCGAAGAGAAUGAUGCGGUUAUUUUAGCAAUGGGGGCAACGAAGCCACGCGACCUCCUUGUUCCUGGAUGUGAGCUCUCAGGUGUGCAUUUUGCAAUGGAAUUUCUACAUGCGAAUACUAAAAGCUUAUUGGAUAGCAAUCUUGAAGAUGGAAACUUUAUGAGAGGAACCAAACGCAGCACAUUAUACUCUCAUUUAUUUUCUAACUAUAACAAUAUACUUCCAUUUUCUUAA